AUAAAAGGGACUAUUAUCUUCCCCAACGAAUAAAAUUCUAACCGAAUCGAAUUCAUACGAAAAAAAUGAAAAAAAAAGAACAAUCCUAAUAAAAUAUCAAAUAACAGAAAUCACACAAAACCAACGAGCGCGAAUAAAGCCCUCGGCCGAUUCCCAAAUUCCCGAAAACCGUCGGGGUCCCUGACUCUCGGGGACGAAGGUCAGCUGAGCGACAACAACAACACUCGGGCGACGUUGGCGAGGAAAGGGCAUCCUCUAGUAGAAAAUGGCAUCAGGUUAUUCACGCCUUCCAGAGAUCAUAUGGCACUAAUGACCCGGACGUGGGAUUUGCUCCCAGUGAAGGCAACUCUACAGAAUUCUUCCAGGUGUGUGAUAAAAUUACAACUCAUCUUUUUACAAUCAAUGGUGCUGUGACAACUCUGGAGCGUUCCUUGAAACAAGUGGGAACGAGUGGCGACAACCAAGCACUUAGAGACAGAAUCACAAAGACAAACAGCAAUGCUGGCGGCUCAGUGCAAGAUGUUGCCACGCUUCUGCGGACUCUCCAGCCCUUAACACGUGGCAACAAACAGAGGCGUAUCCAGACUGAGAGACUACAGAAUGAAUUCCAAACUGCAGCAACUCGCUUCUCAGAAAUUCAAAAGAAAAUGGUCAACACGCUCAGAACAGCACGGUUGCCAGCUGACAUGGUGGCUGUGGAGCAAGAUGCAGCUGCAGCUACAACGGAAGAGAUGAUUGCCAGAGAGCAGAAGAGACAAGCGCAGUUGAAGGAAAUAGAGGACUUGGAAUUUGAAACAGCAAUGCAGUCUGAGCGGGAGGAACGAAUGCGUGCAAUUGAAGUUGACAUUAUCGACAUUAACAAAAUCAUGCGUGACCUGUCGUCCAUGGUCACAGCACAAGGCGAAGUUAUUGACUCGAUCGAGGAUAAUGUAGAGACGGCACAUGGAAAUGUGGAAGAGGGACGAGAGCAGUUACUGAAGGCUUCCACCUACCAGAGCAAGUACCGUCGCAGAGUGCAAUUGUUGGCAUCAUAAUCGGCAUCCACUAUGCAUCCAAUAACUAGCAGCUGACUGGGUGCUAGAGUGACUUUUAUUAAUUUGUCACAAAGUCAAUGGGUUGAUGGAGUCUCUGUCGACCAAGAUACAUUCCAUUUGCAGAUACAAGUAA